AAUGAAGUCCUAUUGUAUGUUGGUGUUGGUGGCUGUGGUCUAUUUGGCAUACGUGCAUGCGGAUGCCUGCGUACAAUGUACCUCCGCUAACGACUCCAAAUGUGCCACAGAUCCUGAGAAUUAUCUAGCCAAAUCGUGCAAUGUGAAUACCUCCGUUUGCUAUACACGAGUUUUUAAUGGCAAUACAAUACGCGGCUGCGCCUCCGAGUUGGACAACGCCACCGCCGCUGCCUGCCACAACGAGCUGGAAUGUUUGAUUUGCUCCUUCGCGGAGGGUUGCAAUCGUCGCCUCUUCCCAUUGAGUCGCGCUCAGUGUCUACAAUGCUCGGGUAAUUCGACCAGCGAUUGUGCUACCAAUGUCUACGCCAGACCCACAGUGUGUCCACUCUACAAAUUGGGUGAUAGGUGCUACGUGCGAAAUGAUGGUAAGAACAAAACGGAAUCAUUCCAACGCGGUUGUCUCUCCUCGGCUCAGGCUAAGAAGCUUUGCGUGAAUGAUGGGAACUGUUUCAUUUGUGAAGGUGUUGGCUGCAACUUCCUCGCCUACAACAGCACUCAGAUUCCAAUUGCCCGUGAUGGCGCCGCAUUCAUUAGCUCCUCGAUGGCAUUACUCGGCGCUGCUUUGUUGGCAUUGCGUUGGGUUUAAUUUUUGAAUUAAAUAUAUGUGUGUGUGACGUUUUUUUUAAAUACAAAAUUUUUUAUGUUCACCUUUUUUUU